AGUUUUGUUGCAUAAAAGAAAUUGUUGUUUUAUUUUAACAGUCCUCAACACACCUACUAACACACUGCUACACCCUGGACCUGUCUGUGAUUCGAUUUUCUAUUUCCGAGGGCAGUUCAAAAUAACCUAAGGAUACAAAAUUAGUGAAAUUAAAAUUCUAUAAAUGCAGUUUUGUAGUUAAUGGAUGAACAAAAAAGUUGUCAAAUAAAGUGGGUCAAAACUUUUUGACCCGGGAGAGUUGCUAUAGGGAUGCUGGGGUGCGCAUCACGAAAAACGUACAGUUGUUUAACUUUCUCUUAACUUAGUAUUUGAAAAACUAGCAAACUUUAUGAUCAUCAAGAUCUUGGCAAGGGCUCUUAAAAAAGUAUAAAUCGGUUCAGCCAUUCAUGAGAUGCACAGGCGUAAAGCUCCGUCGUCACGUCACACUUUUCCAAAAACCAGUACUAAAUAUGACCUCUUUUAAGUGAGUUGAAUAGCUAUUACUUCUAAAUUCUGCGGAAUUCUUGCUUUAACACCAUCUAAAUUAUACGAUUUUGGGAACAUUAAAGAAUACUGUAUCCUAAAUUGUAUAUGUGGUGAAAGUGUAUUAAUUUUUGGCGGAGUUUUACAAAAAUAAACAGCUUCAGUUUGGACGAAAAUCCUAAUUUCAACAUGAUUUUUCUACAUGUUAUUGAUUUUUUCUCCUAAAAAUGUCUGAAUAAAAUUUGCGUACAAUUUCAUUUGCAAAAAGUCUUUAGAACAUAGAUUGGCGCUAACAUGUAAGAUAGACGAGCAAUUUGGCUUUUGCGAAAAAGUUUUGACGCUCGAUUUUUUCUUUUCAAAAACUUUCAAACGGUAUGCUACAAAAUGGCGAAUAAACGAUGAAGAGUAAUUUGAGUAAAUUGAAAAAAACGGCACCAACCGAGAAUCGUACUCGGACCCUCCGAGUCUUCUCUCCGGCACCUUACCACAAGGCCACCUCGUCAAUUGGAUUGUACCACGCUAAAUUUCUACAGUCAAGAGUUUCUGUUUUUUAGCAUUUCGAGGUAAGAAAAGGAGAGACCAGUUUUAAUGUCAAUUGAAGCCACCAGGGAACUGAGAUAAAGAGAAAUGAUCCGUCAAUGAUCACACCACAAGUUGUGCAGUCAAUGAUUGAAAUUGUGGUAAAUUGUGGCAAUUUGUGCAGGAAAAUGAGUAAACUUGAAUUUAAAAUAGUGCUCAGAGAGAGAGAAAAUGUGCGAAUUGUUGCAAAUUGUAAAGCAGUUGUGGAAUGUUGAUCAUUACCAUUCCAAAUGCAUAGAAUUUUCUCUCUUUAGCAAACCCCUGGAAGCCACGCACGCACAUUCAUCGUAAAUCACUUUACUUCAAUGAUAGAUUAAAUCGGUAAAAACUAAUCAACGAAUUUCCUACAACUUGGCAACUUAUUUACGAACUAACUUAUCAUUCGCCCGAUUCAAUUUGUUUUUGUACAAAGCGUGUCGUAAAAGCAUAAUGUAAAAUCAAUCAGUAGAAACAUUUUUACGAUGGUGAUUGAGAUAUCCUCAUAAACGAUUUUAAUUACCACAAUCUAUUUCCGAUACUGGUUGUUCAAACUCUUUUCGUAACUUUUGGCAUUGGCAAACAAUCAAUUCAACUGACAUCACUGCUGAUGCCUAGCGAGGUAUUGUUUGAAAAGUAGUCAUGCUAGGCACCAGCAGUGAUGUCAGUUGAAUUGAUUAUUUUUCAAUGCCAAAAGACAUAUCCCUAUUCAACAGCUAAUAACUUUUUUGUUUAGCGGAAAAUUUUCCUCAAAGAAUUAAUAAAUUGGCAUAAAAACAUUAGCAGGUUCGGUUGCAUAGAAGAAACAAAAAUUAUGUUGAUUUUUCAGAGCAAAAUAUUCCAUUUUUCCAUACAAACCUAAACAAUGUUCAAAUUUAUUUACUUACUAAAAGAUUCUGCAAAAAAUCAUGGAUGAAUUUUGAAUCAAAAUGAAUAUUUUAAGACCUCAGGGUUUGAGAAAUUCAAAAAUGAUCGCAAAUCGACUCAUUCUAUUGAACAUCUAUAAUUUCUGUGAAAAUGACCGAAAAUGUUCGUUCAUUUCUCUAAUGAACUCUUAUUGAAAUGAGAUACAUUUCAUCGUCAUAUUUAGCUCUGCCAAGUUAUUACCUUCAUCUUUCACAUACACAACUACGCGCAUAUAGUAGCUAUCAGUUAAGCCGACUUCAAAUUUAAGUUCAACGACGCUUGUACAUUUUAUUGUCUGGGGUGUGUCCACCGUUGGUUAGUUGAGUAAAUUUUACCGGAAUUCAAACAACAUAAACCAUCAAUCCGAACGGAAGCAGAUGAUUGUGGGAAGCAGCAGUUUCUACACGCCACGUGCUACAGGCCUCCAAAGCCGAUUAUCGCUAAUUACGAAGCCAUGUGCACGCUGGAACAACCAGGGAAUCCAAGGAAGGAUGCUACACUCUAAACCAUGAAGAAAAAAAAAACAGAAAGCCAGAGGAAACCUCUGAAUAAAUAACUCUGUUGGGAAAUUGAAAAGAAAACCCACAACCCACACAAAGAACGAUUAACACAAAAGAAAAAUACAACAUGCAAAAAAUGACAAAACUAGCCUGAAACCAUACAGUUUAAAAAGUAAACAUUAUUGCCGCUUAUAUGAGUGUUUACCGUUUUACGUGUAAACAUCAGAUAGAUAAGAAUUACGCAGAAUUAGUACCGUGCAUUUUUAUAGAAAAUUUCGCAAAAAACCCAUAAAAAUAUGUUGUAAAUUACGAAGCAAAGCAAAACAUCAGCAGAAUACAUUUUCUAAUAGCAUCGAUGUGUCCAGCAAAAGAGUAUAGGAGCUGUCAAAUGUUUAUUUUUUUCAUAUUUGGAUUGUUUUAAUCUCAAAGAAAACGAAUCUAAAAUUAAAAAUACCAUUUCGAAAUCACACCUUCCUCAGCUGAGAUUCGGAGCACCAUUUCUUGUUAUGAUUUUCGUCUUAAAAAUAUGCAACUUGUUAAUAUGAAAAGUAAACUAAAAAAAAUAUAAAUCGUGCAAACGAAAUUCGAGCUUUUACAUCCACAAUCGCGAUUAUUUGCCGCGGACGAAACUUUAUUCCAAAAUAGCGACAACUCACACUAUAGAAUAGUAGAAAAAAUGGAAGAACAGAAAAGUAUCGAAAAUUCCACACAAAAAAAUGGUAAAAUUUCGGACGCUUGGAUGAGUGUGCCGGAAUUAACGAAGGCUUGUGUAUAUACAAAAGUAAAAAAGAUAUUGAUCCUAGUUUAGUGAGCCAGAAUGAAAAUAAGCGACCCCGCCAGCAGAUGAACGGAUGGAAACGCAGCACGAUAAAAGCAGCAAAUAUUCCUUCAUAUUACGACGCUAACUCAUAUUGUUAAACGUGUAAAGAUAUAAACAAAAGAUUAUAAAGUCAAACCAUAACUAGCGAACGACGGAAGUUCUUUGAGCUGAUAAUUCAUUGACGUUGGGCCCCAUUCAAGUAUGCAUUUUAUGUAUUCAACGAGAAAGUUUUUCUUUAUGAUUUGGUUUGCAGCACAGUACUCAUCUAAGGAAAGUAUUCAGCACUAUAAUGUAUUGUUUAAACAAUCAAUUAAACCCUAGAACAGAAAAUUUGGUUCGAACAAGCUUACACACUUACAUUUUCUCGACUAUCACGAACUUCGCAAUUCAUAACGCAGUUAAUGAGUGUGUGCGAAUGAAAAAUUUGAAGUUCAUGAAUCAUAACUGCUAUCAUUUCCUAAAUUUCUUCUGAAUUAAAGCAAUCGAGAGAUCUCCUUUAAUUCAACCACGGUAUACGAAAAGUUCAGAUACCGGUUUUUCGAUAGCUGCUUAUUUUCUUCUUAAGUGAGCGUUUUCGAUUAACAGCCACUGAAGAAGAUAGUAAGUUGCUAUCGAAAAGCCGGUAUCCGAACUUUUCUUAUACCGUGGUUGAAUUAAAAGGAAGCUAUCGAUUGCUUUGAUUCAGUAGAAUUAAUCAACCAAGUAGGCUCACAACAUAUAUUAGAGCUAUGUUUCUUAUUCUUUAAGCCGGAUUUUUCUGUUCUUGAAUUUGAUCCGUAAACGUAAAUUGAAUUUUACGAUUUUUCCAAGCGUUUGAUGAUUUCGAAAAGCUUUUCAUAACCAAGAAACCUUUCCUAUGUACGUUCGAUAUGGUUACCCCAAAGAACUUCCGAUAAUCCGAUAAUGCAAUACUUAAUUCCAGCAAUGGUAAAAACGUCUAAAUGUCGUCGUAGUGUAGGAUUUUUUCGUGCGCAUAGUAAGUUAAUUUUUUACACGUUUUUACUUCAAUCCUUGAGUAAAGAAAAACAAGUUUAUACAAGCAAGUGUGAAGUAAAUGAAAAUCUAAAGACUAUAUGAUAACAGAGACGAGAUAGUUAAAUUAUUUGAAUAUAACAAAUCUUGACAUGCAAAUUGCAAUUCAUACUCGAAAUGAUGCUGCUACAAUAGAGCGAUCACAUUUUAUUUCAAAUAUUUUGUUCCGUUUUCCCUUUACAUAAAAAUCAAAAUAUAACAAAAAAAAUGAAGCAAACAUGGUCUAGGCUUUUUAUAUAAAGAUUUUCGUAUAAAAUCAACCAGAAAAUGCUAACAAAAAAAUAAUUUACGCUAAACAUCAAUGUACAUACGAAUGUUAAAAUUAUUCCAAAAAAUCUAAUAGGCAAAACAAGCAAAACUUACCCUCUAGAUAAAUCGUGACUAACAACAAAUACUACAUAAACAAACACGCCAUUCGCUAGAAAGAAAAAGAAAAAAAGGAGAAGGUAACAACAACAAUCAUCGGUUCAUUGCAAAUAGCAAGAAGUAAAAAUAAAAACCACCCAUUCAUGUGUAAAGCAAAAGCAAGCAAACAAUGAAAACGAAAUAAAAAAAAACAUAAAAAAUGCCUCAAAUGUGUUGCGUUAAGUUUCUCGAUUUAGGUAGCAGUGAAUAAUGUAUUGUUUUAGUCCAAUCAAUGAAAUAUUUAACAAAACAAACAACAGCAACAAAUCAGCGCAAAAAUCACAAGAUACAUUUCGUAAACCUACUACCCAUGCUCCUUACUUCCCUGUAGUCCGAAAUUUGGAAAGUGCAAAAAAUAACAGCGCGCUUUGACAUAGAAAAAGAAAACAACUAUUAAACAUAAUAUAAUAUCUACAAAAAUCAUAGGUUGUAACAUGCUGGAACAUUUAGACUUAGAGAAAAAAGCCGAACCUUGCCAAUAUCUGUUGAACAUUGAUUUUUUUCUGUUUUGCCCGUUGAAACCUGCACUUCUGCAACUUUAGCAACUCUACAUGAAUGGUUACCAUACAAAAAUAUGGAUCAGUUUACGCCAUGUAACUUGUGAUACGAGACCGUUGAAAGAGAAAAAUAUGCUAAAUCAAGUACGUAAAAUAUAACAUCUAGAAAAAAAGAGCAAGAUGCAAAGCUUAACGCAGUGAGUGAAAGAAAGAGAGAGAAAGAGAAGAAGCAAGAGGGAAAAGAAGCACGUGCAAAAACAUAGGAACAAUAUGGACGCAGAGAUGUGUUUUAUUUGUCGUAUAACCGUACAAUUGUUAUUUGGUUUGUGACGCUAGAAGAAUAUAGUCACUUAACUUCAAACAAAAUUCAUUAAGUUGCACCUUGACUCACGUUCCAUAAUGUUAAGCAUAACAUAACAUCAAACCGAGAUGCUGAGAUUCCGAAUAGAACACAAACAUCUACAGAAACGAGAAAAUAAAACGUAAAUUGCGCAAUCACACGGAACGGAGCCAGAAUUUUGGAUUUUUUAAAGAUAGAAAUUUAUACCAACUACCUAUGUAAGAACGAAAGCCAUCGGUGUUUUCAUUUCGGUCAAUAUAGUAUUCGUUCUCUAUUGGUGUAUGAUUUUUUUUUGUAUUCUCAAGAAAGUAAACAAACUGUGCAGACAGGCCGACGAGGAGAAAUGUUGUUAAUGUUAAUAUUAUUGUUAAUUAUAAAUUGAAAUAAAAAAAAUCGAAUCAGUAUAAAUAGA